AUGUUCACCGGUGACAACCGAUUGAAUAAUAGUCUGAAACCAAUUGAAAUCUUAAAAUCAAAAUCAUCGAGUUCAUUCCCAACUAUGUCGUCAGGCUCAACGCAUUUAUUAUCAUCGUCCUUAAGUCACAAUCAACUAUUUAGUAAUGAUAAAGAUAUUUAUAAUGAUGAACAGUCCUCUUCGUUUCUAUCACAAACUCAUCCGACGGAGCAUGAUCGACCAUUCGAACAUAAGCCAUUUAUCGUUCUGAAUCAAAAUAAUGUCUCCGAACCGACUUCGUCGACGUCAUCAUCAUCAUCAUCAGCAACAUUGCCGUCUGAAUCCAGCAGAGAUAUUAUUGUUCGACCACAAUGGCUGCGUCGUUCCAAUGAAUCUUCAUCUGGUUUUCAAGCUUGCGUGCCUUCAGAUUCUGUAACAAAUAAAUCGAAAUCAAACAAUUUCCCAUAUACGCCAGUUAUUCUCUUCGUAAACCGAUAUUCCGGUGGCCAAUAUGGCGAGAAAAUCUAUCGACAACUCAUACGAAAACUGAAUCCACGUCAAGUUUUUCUUCUAGAAAAUGAUGCUACUAUUAUCAAUGCUCUCGGAAUUUAUUAUUCGCUACCAAAUAUCCGUCUUUGUGUUCUGGGUGGCGAUGGCAGUGCUGCAUGGGUUCUCGGUCGUCUUGCUGAAGUUUAUCCAUCGAGCAAUAAUCCCCCUGUGAGCUUUUAUCCGUUAGGAACGGCAAAUGAUCUUUCGCGUAUAUUAUCCUGGGGUCAUCAUUAUGACUCGAAACGUCUUUUUCCGUUGCUAUUACGAAUUCCUUACGCUCAAGUGAUUCCAAUCGAUCGUUGGCAAGUCGAUAUCGAACAACUUGAUAUGCUAAACUUGACUCCAACGAUACAGCAACAUAGUCGGACUGGAUUAAAAAUUAGUCGACCAUUUCAAGCAUUACUCAAUCCACCGAAAUUCGUUCGCAAAACCAAUCGAGUCUCCUUUCAAAAUCAUCGUACGUUGCCAAAUACAUGUUUCAUCAAUUAUAUGAGUUUCGGUUUGGAUGCCGCCAUUGCUAUUGAAUUUCACGAUCAACGAACGCGUGAUCCGAACAAAUUUUCAUCACCAUUGAAAAAUAAACUGAUGUAUUUAAAUGAAAGCUGCAAAUAUUUAAGUGACUUUUCUCGAUCGAAAAUGUGGAGCCUUCGCUCCUAUAUUCGUUUGAUAUGCGAUGGUGAAAAUCUGACUGAUGCCGUACGUGAUUAUCACACGCUAUUGAUCAUCAACAUUCCAGCCUAUGCAUCUGGUACAAACCCGUGGGGAAACUCUUCAUUGACGAGUUCAACUCCAAGCAAUACUCAUCAAUCACAAAUUAUUCAGAAAGAUACAGAUUCUCUUGAUCACAUAGCAACGAGUUCAGCUGACGUAAUCAAUUCUUCAUCCAAUAAAUAUAAAAUGUAUGAAUCGGUUACCUUGAAUAGUCGAAGUGUGAAGCAAACUACUAUUCCAUCAGCGACAACACACACAGCCGACUCUUUCGAACAGCAAGAUUUUAGUGAUCGGAAAAUCGAAGUCGUCGGAUUGAGUGCCACGCGUAUGGCUUCGAUCCAUAUAGGCUGUCGUGGCAAUCGGAUCGCCCAAUGUAAUCAUGUCCGUGUCGAGGUCUACUGUCCGAUGACAGCACAAAUGGACGGUGAACCUUUCUAUUUAUCAGAUUCUGUUGCUGUCAAUAUUAGCUAUGGGGGUCAAGUACUUGUGUUAAGAAAUGAGGACUGA